AUGACCCGCCAGAUUCCCACUACUGCGGUAUCAUCCCGCCUACAAUCCGUACCCAUCGCCGGAGUAAUGCGCGCUUUGGGCGCGUGCGUACAGGCCACUGUCGUUAGCUCCAGCCUAUCCGGCGAGUUACUCGGAGUCCUAAAUGUCACCACGAUCACGGAUGUUAGCAGUGCGCACGUACGCUACGCUACUAUGGACCCCUCGAGCUUUCGCCAUCUACAAGCGAAUAUGAUCUACAGAUUUCUAUAUGCCUCAAAACCUCGCGAGGUUUACGUCGGUUGA